AUGGAUGACGUAGUGCAGGCACUGAUACAAGCCACGGCGGCCCAGCAGGAGGCUACCCAUGUCCAGACAGCCACCCAGCAAGAAGCAGUGCGGCUGCAGCAAGAGACUGAUCCCCUGCUGAUGGACCAAGCUGCUCAAGACCAAGCUACAUUGUGGGAACUGAUAAACCAGCCCCCAAAAGUCCCGGAAGACAAAAAAAGAAAGGAAGGCCACGAAGGCUUUGGGAACCCGGAUCCUGACCAGGACCAGAAGAGCGCGCUAGUAGGCAGAUGGACACGAGCAGCCAUCAGAGAAACUACUAACAUGGAAGGUGAGCCAGAGGCUGGCCCCAGCCGUGAUGGCAACGAGCCGUUGGAAGAAGCAGAAGCCGACCCCUGGGAGCUCAGGCAGUCUCACACGUUCAUGGGAAAUUGCACCUACACCCUGUCUAAGCUGUGUGAUGGGAACAGCACGCUGCCCUACUUCAAUGUGGAAGCAGCAAACGAACACAGAGGAGGCAACACGCGCGUGUCCUACGUCCAAUAUGUGGAUGUUGAUGUUUAUGACUACAGGAUAACUCUGGGUAAAAACAAGGUUGUUAAGAACGGGGAACCUGGCUGCUACCGUGAGACUUACGGGAUCUGCCGAGUCCACAACGACCCUCAUUACAACACAUUUGACAGAGAGACUCACCACUUCAUGGGGAAGUGCACCUAUACGCUGGCCAAAGUGUGCACCAACUCCAGCUCUCUGCCUUAUUUCAACGUAGAAGCCAAGAACGAGCAUCGAGGGUACUCUGCAGUGUCCUAUGUGCAGAAAGUCCUGGUGGAGGUUUAUGGUCAACACAUAGAAAUAGUUAAGGCAAUACCAAAUCGUGUACUGAUCAAUAAAAUAUGGUCAACUCUCCCUGUAACCACAGCUGGUGGGUCAAUCACAGUGAGCAGGAGUGGACGAUACGUUAUCCUAGAGACAGAUUUCAGACUGAGGGUUUCCUAUGACACCGAUCACUCGGUGGAAGUGAAGGUGCCCACCACCUAUUUCAACAGGACCUGUGGCAUGUGCGGUAACUUUAACAAUCGGAGAGAGGAUGACUAUAUGAUGCCAGAUGGGCAGCAAGCCAAGAACUCUAACGAGCUGGGAAACAGCUGGCGUGUCAAGGAUGACGAUCCUUCUUGUGAUGUCAUUGUCCCCCCCAAACCCUGCCCUGCAGACCAGGAGAACCUCUACAGAACAGACAGAUUCUGUGGCAUGAUAACCAAGAGGCCUGGCCCCUUUGGGGUCUGCCACUCCGUGAUCAAUCCUGAGAGCAUCUUUGAGAGCUGUGUCUAUGACCUCUGUGCGCUGAAUGGGAAUGAGCAGCUCUUGUUAGCUGUAAGAGGACCCUAUGUGGUCAUUGAUACCUCUAUUGGCAUUCAGGUGAAGUUUGAUGGUGACCAACAGCUUUUUGUUCAUGCUGAUGAAAGCUUUAAGGGGCAGCUGUGUGGCCUGUGUGGCACAUACACUGACAACCAGCUGGAUGAUUUCCUAAGACCAGACAGAGUCCUGGAACAGGAUUCAAAUAAUUUUGGCAACAGCUGGCGAGUGAAGGAUGACAAUUGGAUCUGUGAUCCAGUUCCCGUUAUACCACCAGCCUGCAACCCUGUGCAUGAGUAUGAAUAUGAAGAAUUCUGCAAAGUGAUUUUGGCAAGUGGAGGGCCUUUCGAAGCUUGCCAUUGGUAUAUCCCCCCUCAGCUGUACUUUGAGAGCUGUGUCUACGACCAGUGUGCCACAGGAGGAAAUACCGAACAGUUUUGCUCAUCCUUAGAUGCGUAUGCUGCAGCAUGUGAAGCAGCCACCACUUCCACUGUGGAGCCUUUGACAUCAUUCACUACCACGGACGUGACAGUUCCCCCAGCUCAUUGUAACAUGUCCUGUUCAUUUGACACUGACUUGUGUGACUGGACACAGUCAGUCUCUGAUAGCUUGGAUUGGAAACGACACCGGGGGCCAACCUCCUCGCCAAACACAGGACCCUCGUACGACCACACUACAGGAGAUGGUUACUUCAUCUACCUGCAAGGAAGCGAGGCCAGCUUUGGAGCUGUGGCUCACUUGGAGAGUCCUGUGUGCAGUGCCAGUGGAGUCCAUUGUUUCCGCUUCUGGUAUCACAUGUACGGAGUGGCUCAUGCAAUGGCACUGAGAGUUUAUGUCACUGAGGAUGCAGCACCACGUCUGGUCUGGUCAGAGACAGGAAAUAAGGGCAAUAGGUGGAACUUUGCAGCAGUCACUGUGUAUAACAGAGGAGAUAUGCAGAUCCUCCUGGAGGGGAUGCGGGGUGAAGAUUUCCGCAGUGACUUAGCAGUGGAUGAUGUAUCUCUCGUAGAUGGAUAUUGCCCAGAAGAGUCCUGUGUGGUGUCCGGGGACCCUCACUACUACACCUUUGAUAAACAAACUCAUCACUUCAUGGGGACCUGCGCCUACACCCUAUCCAAGCUGUGUGAUGGGAACAGCACCCUGCCCUACUUCAAUGUGGAAGCAGCGAAUGAGCACAGAGGAGGCAACACUCGCGUGUCCUAUGUCCAAUAUGUGGAUGUUGAUGUUUAUGUCCUGAGGAUAACACUAGAGAAAGGGGGAGUCGUGAAGGUAAAUGGAAAGGGAGAGAUCAUCAUCCCCUUUGCCCCAUCGUCGGGUGUGCAAAUCUCCUCCAGCGGGCUUUAUGUUGUGGUCAGCACAGACUUUGGGUUGACCGUGAAGUUUGAUGGCAACCAUCGAGUGGAAGUGACUCUUUUGAGCUCCUUCAAAGAGAAGGUUUGUGGGAUGUGCGGGAACUACAACGGGAACGCAGCAGACGACUUUCUGAAUCCAGAUGGGGUGCUGGAGCCAGACUCUACCAGCCUUGGCAACAGCUGGCAGGUCUCCAAUCACACCAGUUGUCUUCCAGGAACGGGCCAUGAUCCAGUCUGCGACGAGAGCGAUAAGCAAAUCAUUGCCAGCAGUGCUUUCUGUGGUCUCCUGACAGAUGUGAAUGGCCCAUUUAAAAAGUGCCACCGGGUGCUAGAUCCUACCAUUUACUUCAGCAGCUGCUUUUAUGACCAGUGUGAACUGCAAAUGGAUCCUGACUCCCUCUGCAAGAGUCUGCAGUCUUACGCGGAUGCCUGUCGGUCCAGGGGAGCUGAGAUAGAUGCUUGGAGGAAUGCUACCUUCUGUCGUAAGUACAAGCAAACCUGCAGCCUGCCGUGUGUGGAAGGAUGCGUGUGCGACAGUGGUUAUCUUCUCUACAACGAUGGCUGUGUCCCCAGCAGUCAGUGCGGGUGCUGGCACAACGGCAAACACUACCCAGUUGGCGCUGAAUUCUGGACCGAUGACACCUGCUCCUCUAAAUGCACAUGUCCCUCUCGGGGGAGCAAAAUAACCUGCUCUAACGCAGCCUGCCCAGCCAAUUAUUACUGUGGGGUUCAGAACGGAGAACCUGGCUGCUACCGUGAGACUUAUGGGAUCUGCCGAGUCCACAACGACCCUCAUUACAACACGUUUGACAGAGAGACUCACCACUUCAUGGGGGUCUGCACCUACACACUGGCCAAAGUGUGCACCAACUCCAGCUCUCUGCCUUAUUUCAACGUAGAAGCCAAGAACGAGCAUCGAGGGAACCCCACUGUGUCCUAUGUGCAGAAAGUCCUGGUGGAGGUUUAUGGACAACACAUAGAAAUUCUCAGAAACUCUCCGAGCCAAGUGCUGGUCAAUGAAGUGUUAACAACCCUUCCUGUCCGCGCAGCUGGUGGGUCAAUCACAGUGAGCAGGAGUGGACGAUACGUUAUCCUAGAGACAGAUUUCAGACUGAGGGUUUCCUAUGACACCGAUCACUCGGUGGAAGUGAAGGUGCCCACCACCUAUUUCAACAGGACCUGUGGCAUGUGCGGUAACUUUAACAAUCGGAGAGAGGAUGACUAUAUGAUGCCAGAUGGGCAGCAAGCCAAGAACUCUAACGAGCUGGGAAACAGCUGGCGUGUCAAGGAUGACGAUCCUUCUUGUGAUGUCAUUGUCCCCCCCGAACUCUGCCCUGCAGACCAGGAGAACCUCUACAGAACAGACAGAUUCUGUGGCAUGAUAACCAAGAGGCCUGGCCCCUUUGGGGUCUGCCACUCCGUGAUCAAUCCUGAGAGCAUCUUUGAGAGCUGUGUCUAUGACCUCUGUGCUCUGAAUGGGAGCGAGGCGCUCCUGUGUAGCGCUCUGGCGACCUACGCUGAUGCGUGUCGGGAAGCUGGGGUGAUGCUCCCCGCCUGGAGAAAUGCCACCUUCUGCCCUCCCACGUGCUCUGCUCCCAACAGCCACUACGAGCCUUGUAUGACUGCCUGCCCUGCCACAUGUCUGGACCGCCUCGCCCCCGAGAACUGCAGCAAGCCCUGUGUCGAGGGCUGUGCGUGUAAUUCUGGAUUUGUUCUCAGUGGAGGCGCCUGUGUGCCGGAGGCCAAGUGCGGCUGUAUGUUGCAGGACAGAUACUACAGCGAAGGAGAGAGCGUCGUGACGGAGAACUGCACGAGCCGUUGUGAGUGUCUGGGAAAUGGCAACAUGACGUGCAGUGAGCUGUCUUGUGGUCCAGAUGAGAUCUGCAAGAUUCAAACUGGCCUGCGGGGAUGUUAUCCAGCCGGCACCGCUACCUGCCACAUCUACGGCGACCCACAUUACACCACCUUUGAUGGGAAACUUCACCACUUCCAGGGUGCCUGCAACUACACCGUGGUGGAGACCUGUGAUAACGCCUCUGGCGGCUUUAGGGUUACCACUCGAAAUGAACACCGGGGCAGCCCCAGCUGGACAGCCAUUAACUCCGUCGCCCUCACUCUGGAUGGCAUCCACAUUGCACUCGGGAAGAAAGGAAUUGUCUACAUUAAUGGUGCCCUGGCCUCUCUCCCUGAAACUCCUCUUCCUGGAGUGACCGUUUCACUCAUCGGACGCUACGUACAAGUUACGACCAACCUGGGCGUCCAGCUGCAGUUCAGUGGGGACCACGAGCUCUUUGUAAGAGUGACGGAGAAGUACAAAGGGAGACUGUGCGGAUUGUGUGGGACAUACACGGGGACCCAGCAGGACGACUUCAGGAGACCUGAUGGGGUCGUGGUGGCAGACUUCAAUGAAUUUGGAGCCAGCUGGAGAGUGCCUGACGACGAGUGGCCUUGCAAUUCAACUAUCGUCCCACCUGUAACGUGCGCUCCUUCCGAGCAGCAGGCAGCCGAGGAACGGUGCAGAAUCCUAACGGACCGCGAGGGCCCAUUCUCACCGUGCCGUUCUGCGGUGCCACCCGCCCUGUACUUUGAGAGCUGUGUCUAUGACCAGUGUGCCACAGGAGGAAGCCCUGAGCAGCUCUGCAAUGCUCUGGAAUCUUACGCGGCAGCCUGUGCAGCGGCAGGAGUCGCUCUGGGAGAAUGGGCGGCAAACACUAUCUGCGCAGCCACCACUUCCACUGUGGAGCCUUCGACAUCAUUCACUACCACGGACGUGACAGUUCCCCCAGCUCAUUGUAACAUGUCCUGUUCAUUUGACACUGACUUGUGUGACUGGACACAGUCAGUCUCUGACAGCUUGGAUUGGAAACGACACCGGGGGCCAACCUCCUCGCCAAACACAGGACCCUCGUACGACCACACUACAGGAGAUGGUUACUUCAUCUACCUGCAAGGAAGCGAGGCCAGCUUUGGAGCUGUGGCUCACUUGGAGAGUCCUGUGUGCAGUGCCAGUGGAGUCCAUUGUUUCCGCUUCUGGUAUCACAUGUACGGAGUGGCUCAUGCAAUGGCACUGAGAGUUUAUGUCACUGAGGAUGCAGCACCACGUCUGGUCUGGUCAGAGACAGGAAAUAAGGGCAAUAGGUGGAACUUUGCAGCAGUCACUGUGUAUAACAGAGGAGAUAUGCAGAUCCUCCUGGAGGGGAUGCGGGGUGAAGAUUUCCGCAGUGACUUAGCAGUGGAUGAUAUUCUACAACAGUGCAAGAAACAACCCCUCUUGGCGGAGCCACUCACCACAAACGUAGGCACCACAGCAGAAGAAAGUACCACAGGAAAAUCCACGACCACUGCAACUCCAACUACAGUAGAGCCCUGUCAGACAGGCCGUGCCAUCUGCAGUGCCUCAGGGGACCCGCAUUACUACACGUUUGACGGCAGAGUUCACCACUUCAUGGGAAACUGCACUUACACCCUCUCCAAAGUCUGCAACGACUCCAGGGGGUUCCACUUUGACGUGUCCACCACCAAUGAGCACCGGGGCUCCAAUACCAAAGUUUCCUAUGUAAAGGCAGUGCACGUGGAUGUCUAUGGAAGUCAGAUUUCCUUGCUGAAGGACAGGAAAGUGAAUGUGAAUGGCACCAGAAGGAACCUGCCUGUGGUGAUUGAAAACAAGAUCAAGGUCCAGAUCAGCGGGGCCUACGUGCUCUUGGAAACUGAUUUUGGACUCUGGGUCAGAUUUGAUGGAAAUCACUAUGUGGAGGUCUCAGUGUCCAGUUGUUACAAGGGGCAGCUCUGUGGUCUGUGUGGUAAUUACAAUGAUGAUGCAAAGGAUGACAACAUAAAGCCGAAUGGCAGUACUGCAGGAGAUUCCAGUGAGCUUGGAGAGAGCUGGCUAGUGGCAGAGAAUAACGCCAUAUGCUCCCCUGAUGAGGUACUAGUCUGUGACCCCCUGCUGGAGAGUGAAGCGAGGAAGAACACAGCCUGUGGCAUGAUCACCGACCCCACAGGUAUCUUCAAGGACUGCCACGCCAUAGUAGCUCCAGAGAAUUUCUUGGAAAACUGUGUUUACGACAUGUGUCAGACUGGGGAACAGAGAGUGUCCUUAUGCAAUGGGCUGCAGGCAUAUGCAGAGUCGUGCACAAAUGCUGGGAUCUGCAGAGAAUGGAGACAUAAUACUUUGUGCCCAAUCUCCUGUCCAGAAGGAAGCCGGUACGAGAGCUGUGGGAGCAGGUGUCCUGCCACCUGCGUGACUCCCUCUGCAUUUAGCCCUUGCAGCUCCUUACCAGUGGAAGGCUGUUUCUGUAAGGAAGGCUACAUUCUGAGUGGAGACACCUGUGUGCCGGAGAGCAGCUGUGGUUGUGUGGAUGGAAACAGCCACUAUCAUCAGCUGGGUGAAAGCUGGUUCACCCACGAUACCUGCACCGAGCGCUGCACCUGCAACAGCAAAAACAACAUCACGUGCACAGGCUGGGAAUGUGGAGCGCUGGAGAAAUGCAGUGUUCAGGAUGGGGUACUGGGUUGUUACUCCUCUGGGAGAGCAUCCUGUCAGGUGGCAGGAGAUCCCCACUACUUCACCUUUGACAAGGUGAUGCACACCUUCCUGGGCACCUGCACCUACACCCUGCUCCAAGUCUGCAACAGCAACAGUGUCAUUCCUGUGACCAUCAGUGGCAAAAACGAAGAUCGAGGACAGAGAGGGGCCACGUAUCUCAAAGAGGUUUACAUUGACAUCUAUGGCAACCGAAUCACCCUUCAGAAGAAUAAGGCGAUCCUGCUCAAUAACGAGAGAGUCCGAACUCCGGUAAAGAACCGAUUACGAGGUGUGUCCAUAGGAAAUGUGGGCAUUUACAUGGUGGUAGAAACUGACUUUGGACUGCUAGUGAAAUAUGAUGGAAAUCAGCACUUGGAAAUCAGCCUCCCAGAAUCUUACUUCUCCAAGGUCUGUGGCCUGUGCGGUAACUAUAACGGCCAGCGUGGGGAUGAGCUGCUCAUGCCCAAUGGUGUGCAGGCUAAGAACAUCACGCAGUUCGGAAACAGCUGGAAAGUGCCAGCCAACAGUGACGCGGGCUGCUUGCCAGACACACGAGACGAGCUGGGCCCACCUUGCACUGCAGAGGAGAAGCCAGGCAUUGAAAACCAGUGCAAUGUUUUAAAGUCGGACACCUUCAAACCAUGUCAUCAUCUGAUCGAGCCUGACCUCUUCAUCCAGACCUGCAUCUAUGACAUGUGUAAAUACGAUGGCAUGCUGUCCACUCUCUGUGCCAUCACACAGGCCUAUGUGGACACCUGCAAGAAGCAAGGAGUCAUCAUUAAAUGGAGGACCAACACAUUCUGCCCAUUGCCUUGUCCAUCCAACAGCUAUUACACUGACUGUGCAUCUCCCUGCCCAGCCACAUGUAAUAAUAUUUAUGCGUCCUCCCUCUGUGAAAAGCCAACAGAAUGCACAGAAGGUUGUGUUUGCAAUGAGGGUUACGUGCUUAGUGAUGACCAGUGUGUACCAUUAAGCGAGUGUGGCUGCAGAGAUGAUGAAGAUAACUACUACAGCGCUGGGGAGAGCUGGAUAAAACCCCACUGCACCCACAAAUGCACGUGUCAGAAGGACAAUACCAUCAAGUGCCAGGCGUAUGGCUGCGAUGCUUGGGAGGUCUGUUUCCUCAACAACAAGGGGAAAUACAAAUGUAAACCGACAGGCUUUGGGAAGUGCCUCGUCAUUGGAGAUCCACACUACCUCACGUUUGAUGGCUUGAUGCAUCACUUCCAAGGCAAAGAUACGUACAUGCUGUCUCAGACUGUCUCCAGCAUCCCCGACCGCCUGCCAUCCUUCAGCAUUGAAGGAAAGAACAAGCUUUUCCCUAGAGUGUCCCACAUUUCUUUCCUCCAGGAGAUCCGUGUCAGUGUUUACAAUCACACAGUGUGGUUCAGGCAGAAGAAGCAGCUUGUGGUGGAUGGAGUGAAAACCAUCCCCCCUGCCCAGCCUCAUGAAGGUCUUCGCAUAUACCAGAGGCCAACAAGAAUUUACAUGGAGACAGAUUUUGGCUUAUCGCUCAGCUAUGAUGGUGCUGAAAACUUAGAUAUAACCCUGGCCAACACCUACAAGAGCAAAGUCGAAGGCUUGUGCGGCAACUUUGAUGGGAAGUAUAAGAAUGACUUUACCAAGCCGGAUGGCACUCGCGUGCGGGACGUAGAUGUGUUUGGGGAGAGCUGGAAAGUCCCCAUCAGAAGAACAGUCUCCCGGCGCAGGCGAGAAGUCAUUUCAGACGAGGAGCUUGACAAUGUUGAGUUAAACACAGGGCUCGCCAGAGGCUGCAAUCCCAGUGAGCUGAGCCUUGUGAACUCCACUUCUAAGUGUGGGAUUCUUACCGAUCCAAAAGGUCCCUUUGGAAAGUGUCAGUCCAAUGUCUCUGUCGAGUUCUUCCAGAUGGGCUGUGUCUUUGACCUGUGUGUGGAAGCUGAGAACAACGCUGUGCUGUGUCGGCACCUGGAGCUGUACGCGCUGGCCUGUCAGGAGAACGGGAUCACAUUGGAAAACUGGAGAGCACAGACGCCUUGUGAGAUGCAGUGUCCCACAAACAGCAAGUACAGCAGCUGCAUGACUGCAUGCCCCGAUUCCUGCAGCAACCUGGCAGCCUCCUCCGAGUGUGAGUCACCCUGUGUCGAAGGCUGCGAAUGCCUCCCUGGAUACGUUCUCAGUGGCUAUGACUGCGUGCCCUACAAGGAGUGUGGCUGCAGCUUCCUCAACAUAUAUUAUAAGGCUGGAGAAACGUUUAUGACUGACGACUGCUCUCAGACUUGUGAGUGCACAACAAGUUCCAGCGUUGCCUGCACCAGGGCAGCGUGUACACGCAGCGAGAUCUGCACCAUCGCUAACUUCACUCGCGGAUGCAACAUACCUGGCCCAUGUCUGCAGAAUCUUUGCGAGAAUGAUGGGACUUGUAUUGAGGACAGCAACAGCUCUUCCAACUUCAGCUGUGUGUGCCCUGAAGGAUACGAGGGGCCUCUCUGUGAGGCUGAAGUACAGGACAAGUCAACGGAAUCUGACAACUCUCUGGUCUACAUCAUUGUGGGAGUUUUAGCAGGAAUCAUCGUCCUUGCUCUGAUCGUCUUCCUGCUUGUGUGCAGAUCCAAGUUAAGAUUGAACAGGAAAAAGUCACUGGAAUUCCCCAGAAGGAGGAAUUCGUCUUUGAACCAGUCUAGGGAUGCGCUGGACGAGAACUCAUACGUGCCAGACUCCAGCUUCGUGAUCAAUGCUGCAUUUGAUAGGGAUGAAGAUCAGUCACGUUUUAAUUAGUGGCAUUUUUUUCUUCCAUCUGAUUUUUUUUUUUUUUGCUGUUGUAGUCUAAUAAGUGUUUCUAACCCUUUCCUAAGCAAUAAUAAUUUAUAAUAAAUCACUGUACUUCCUGAA